AUGACCCAACCCACCCCCCUCACGCCCCCGGCCAUCCGCACCAAAAUCGACCUCCUGAUCACCAACCUCAUCAACAUCCACGACCCCACCGGCGAAUUCCUCCUGCACCUGCCCGACGGCCGCAUCAUCGACACCAAAUCCUGGCACGGCUGGGAAUGGACGCACGGGGUGGGCCUGUACGGGAUCUGGAAGUACUACGAGCUGACCGGCUCGGCGCAGCACCUGCAGAUCAUGCAGGAGUGGUUCGCGGCGCGGUUCGCCGAGGGCGGGACGACCAAGAACAUCAACACGAUGGCGGUGUUCCUGACGCUGGCGCACCUCUACGAGACGAGCCGCGACGCGACCUACCUGCCCUGGCUGGACGCCUGGGCCGAGUGGGCGAUGCACGAGCUGCCGCGCACCCGCCACGGCGGCAUGCAGCACAUCACCUACCUCACCGAAAACCACCAGCAGCUGUGGGACGACACGCUCAUGAUGACCGUCCUGCCGCUGGCGAAGAUCGGGCGCCUGCUGGGCCGCCCGCACUACGUGGCCGAGGCGAAGCGCCAGUGUCUGCUGCACGUGCAGUAUCUGUUCGACGCGCGGACGGGGCUGUUUUUCCAUGGGUGGCAGUUUACGGACCCCGAAGACUCCGGCACGCCGGGCCAGGGCCAGGGCCAGGGCCACCAUUUCGCCGAGGCGCGCUGGGCCAGAGGGAAUAGCUGGAUUACGAUGGUGAUCCCGGAGAUUGUCGAGUUGCUGGAGCUCGAGGACCACGACCCCAUCCGGGUGCAUUUGCUGAGCGUGCUGGAGGCGCAGUGCGCCGCCCUGAAGCGGUUGCAGGAGGCGGACGGGUUCUGGCAUACCUUGCUGGAUCACAGGGACUCCUACGUUGAGGCCUCGGCCACGGCGGGGUUUGCGUACGGGAUCCUCAAGGCCGUGCGGAAGAGGUAUCUCGGCAGGGAAUACCGGGGGGUGGCGGAGCGGGCGAUCGCGGCGGUCGUGGGCGCCGUGGACGCGCACGGCGAGCUGCAGAAUACCAGCUUUGGCACCGGCAUGGGCGACAGUCUGCAGUUCUACAAGGAGAUCCCCCGCACGGCGAUGCCGUAUGGGCAGGCGAUGGCGAUCAUGGCGUUGGGGGAGUAUCUGCGGGGGAUUUCGUAUUAG